CCGAAGCCCUCCUCCCACGCUUCUCCAGCCCACUCCUCUCUUUAUUUGAGGCGCUCCUCAGCUCCGUUCUUCAGAGCACCAGGCGCCUAGUCAGCGCAGCUCUCUCCGGGACUCGGUGCUUGUUCCACAUUUUCCUGGAUAUACCUUCAUCUCGCCAAGAUGAGACUUAUUAUUGUUGUUGUUGCGGUUGCGGCUUUGUUGACAGAAAAUCUAGCGCUUCCAGUGGGAAAAGAAGAACAGAGAGAAGAUGUGGUAACACGAUGCUUGGUUGAGGUCCUGUCCAAAGCUCUCUCAAAACCGGACUCCCAGCUGGAUCAGGAAUGUAAAGACAUCCUCCAAACAGGGAUUAAACACACGCCACUGGACAAGAAGAGUGCAGAGGGUGUAGUAACUCACGGAGAGGUUAUCAAAGGUCACCCUGAGGAGCCUGAGGCAAAGGGAGCAGAUCUGAAAGACAUCGAGGCUCUCCUGAAAUCUGUGGAGGAAACAAGAGAAAACCCGGAAGACGAGCGCAGCCAAGAAUCCUGGAGUCUGGGUGAUGAGAAGGAGAAGAGACACGAGAACCAAGACGAAGAAGAGCGGGAGAAGAGGAGCAACUGGAGGUCUGGAAGAUUCCACCAAAGGAAACACAAACGGGGAGAAGAAGAAGACUACGAGCGCAGUCAGGAGAGCUGGGGGGUAGCGGAAAAGCGAUCAGAAGAUGAAGAAGGUGAAGACAGAGAGAAGAGGAGUUGGAGGCCUGGAAGAUACCACCAAAGAAAACACAAACGAGAUGAGGAACCUUUAGGAGAGAGGGAGGAGCCAGAGGAAGAUCGCAGCCAAGAGUACUGGGAUGUAGACAAAAGGCAUGGGAACGAGGAUGAGAGAAACAAGCGCAUAUGGAAGCCCACACAUCGUUACCACCACAAGAGAAAGCUCCACAAACGUAGCGACGAACCGUCAGAGGACGAUGAAGAUGACGAACGCAGCCAGGAAUCAUGGGGUCUUGACAAUGAGAGAGACAAGAGGGACUGGAGGGUCGGCAGGUACCACCAGAGGAGGCACAAACGUGAUGAGGAGCUCUCAGAAGAGGCCAGGGAAGAGCCUGAUGAAGAACGCAGCCAAGAAUCAUGGGGUCUUAAUGAUGAGAGGGACAAGAGGGACUGGAGGGCUGGCAGGUACCACCAGAGGAGACACAAACGUGAUGAGGAGCUCUCAGAAGAGGCCAGGGAAGAGCCUGAUGAAGAACGCAGCCAAGAAUCAUGGGGUCUUAAUGAUGAGAGGGACAAGAGAGACUGGAGGGCCGGCAGGUACCACCAGAGGAGACACAAACGUGAUGAGGAGCUCUCAGAAGAGGCCAGGGAAGAGCCUGAUGAAGAACGCAGCCAAGAAUCAUGGGGUCUUAAUGAUGAGAGGGACAAGAGGGACUGGAGGGCCGGCAGGUACCACCAGAGGAGACACAAACGUGAUGAGGAGCUCUCAGAAGAGGCCAGGGAAGAGCCUGAUGAAGAACGCAGCCAGGAGGACUGGGGCUUUGACAACGGGCAUGGGAAUGAGAAUGAGAGAAACAAACGCAUAUGGAAGCCCACACAUCGCUACCACCACAAGAUAAAGCUCCACAAACGUGGCAAUGAACCAUCAGAGGACGACGAAGAUGACGAACGCAGCCAGGAAUCAUGGGGUCUUGAUGAUGAGAGAGACAAGAGGGACUGGAGGGCCGGCAGGUACCACCAGAGGAGACACAAACGUGAUGAGGAGCUUUCAGAGGAGGAGAGAGAAGUGCCAGACGAGGAACGCAGCCAGGAGGACUGGGGCUUUGACAAAAGAAAUGGAAAAGAGGAGGGAGAAAUAGAAAAGAGUGUAUGGAAACCAUCACAUCGAAACCACCAUGAAAAGAAAUAUCACAAGCGUGGCGGAGGCUCAUCAGAAGAAGAGGAAGAACAGAGGGGUGAUUCAGAGGAAUAUGAGGGGGCGGCAAAGGACAGGGACGAAGCAUUGAGGUACCUGGCAGAGAAGCGCAAUCCCUGGAUUUUCAGAGGCUUCUACCAUCCUGCAUGGUAUAAAAGGGAUUCAGAUGAGCACGCUGCAACCUCAAACAAGAUGGAUGAACUAGCCAAGAUGCUGAGCUAUAAGAUAAACCAGCUGGCCAAGCACUCUAAUCAUGAGGAGGCGAAGAGAAGCGUGCACCAGAGAGCACUUACCCCACAGGAGGAGAAAGAGCUGGAAAACCUCGCAGCGAUGGACACUGAGUUGCAGAAAAUUGCCGCCAAUUUGCAUGACAACAGUGCAUAAGCCAGGGUGGACAGAAUUUCAUUUAGUGUAUAAAAGCUGCUGUCUUACUGUAUGUCUGAAAUGUAGUGUGGUUACAGUUUGAAAAAAAAGAAAAGAAAAAAAAGCCUUGCCAAAAAACAUUUUCUCAAACUUGUUUAUCAUGGUAUUUGUGAUAUUUUGAUGUUAUCAAAUUAAUCCGCAUGGGAAUGGUUUUGAUGUUUAUAUACAGUAUGUAUAUUAAGAGAAACUAUAAAAAUAAUAUAUAUCUGAGACCAUGUAUUCAAAUAAUUGUGUUCUGAAGAAUUUGUUGAGUUUGCAGUCAAUAAAAAAGUAUUAUUCUGGGACCAAAAAAAAAA